AUGGAUAGGACACGGGUUGCAAAAGUAGAAAAUGUCACCCUUGCGCGAAGGGGUGACCAAGUUACCGGCACUCUUCACCUAACACCACAUCACCUUAUCUUUUCUCAUAUCCCUCAUGUGUCGGAAGAAGCGCUUGAAUCUGGGACCCCGAUCAAACCGAAAGAACUAUGGAUUACCUACCCAAUAAUAGCAUUCUGCACACUUCGCUCAGUACCGUCUGCUUCGAGACAACCCUCGUCCAUCCGGCUGCGCUGCCGAGACUUCACAUUUGUCUGUUUUUACUUCGCCAAUGAGACUAGAGCACGCGAUGUAUUUGAUACAUUAAAGCAGUGGACUUGCAGAGUUGGUCGAGUUGAAAAGCUAUAUGCCUUUACGUACCAGCCGCCCCCUCCGGAGCUUGCGAUAAAUGGGUGGGAGUUAUAUGAUCCCCGCAAGGAGUGGGCUCGUCAAAGGGUUGGGGAGAAUAUUAAUACUGGAUGGCGAAUAUCCGGCAUUAAUGCGGACUAUAAUUUCUCCCCAACAUAUCCCGCUGUACUCCCUGUCCCAUCUGCCAUAUCCGACAAUACUCUUAAUUACGCUUCGCGAUACCGCUCGAGAGCGCGAAUUCCAGUUCUUACAUAUUUGCAUCCUGUAAACAAUUGUUCGAUUACUAGAAGCUCUCAGCCAUUGGUAGGCGUGCGUCAAAACCGAAGCAUUCAGGACGAAAAGCUGUUAGCAGCCAUCUUUUCUACAUCUCAACCAGACAGACCACUGGCCGGUUUCACGCCUACUCUCGAUCGUGAAUCUACCAACUCGAGCACAGAGGAGCCUCCUGCCGUUAUCAACCAAGACUUGGAGCUAACUAACGCUGAAGAAUUAGAAGACGAGGUGGUGUCCGCUGCCCAAGGGGAUCGAGAAGAAAAGCCACAGGUCUACGGCGCUCAGCAACGCAACCUGAUAGUUGAUGCCCGCCCAACAGUCAACGCAUUCGCGAUGCAAGCCGUGGGACUUGGAUCUGAAAAUAUGGACAAUUACAAGUUCGCUACGAAAGCUUAUUUAGGAAUUGAUAAUAUCCAUGUGAUGAGAGAUUCCCUGAACAAGGUUAUAGAUGCGUUGAAAGAUUCUGAUAUGACUCCAUUGGGGCCAAGCAGAGAAUUACUCUCAAGAAGCAAUUGGCUGAAGUAUAUCUCAGUGAUCCUUGAAGGCGCUAGUCUGAUAACUCGCCAGGUUGGACUGCAUCAUUCUCACGUACUGAUCCAUUGCUCAGAUGGGUGGGAUCGCACCAGUCAGCUUAGCGCUCUUAGUCAAUUGUGCUUGGAUCCGUAUUAUCGUACGAUGGAAGGCUUCAUGGUUCUGGUUGAGAAGGAUUGGCUUUCUUUUGGCCAUAUGUUUCGUCACAGAGCCGGUUUACUGAACAGCGAAAAGUGGUUUCAAAUUGAGAAUGAACGAAUAGGGGGAGACUCAAAUCGGUCUUUUUCAGAGUCUAGCGAGCCUCGAAAGGCGCUAGAAAAUGCCUUUCUCAGUGCCAAAAACUUUUUCAAUAGGGAUAACACCAGCCGCGAUUCUCUCGUCGACUCUGAUGGUGAAGCACAAGCCCAGGAGAGUGAUAGUCCACUUCGAAAGGCGACCUCGACGGCUCGUUUAGUAGCUAGUGAGAAGGAGACCACCAAGGUCAAAGAAACAAGUCCUGUCUUUCAUCAAUUUCUUGACGCAACGUAUCAGCUUCUUUACCAGCAUCCAAAUCGUUUCGAAUUCAACGAGCGAUUUUUGCGGAGGCUUCUCUACCAUCUCUACUCUUGUCAGUACGGUACUUUCCUUUAUAAUAGUGAAAAGGAGCGUGUCGAUGCAAAUGUGAAGGGGCGAACGAGAAGUGUGUGGGACUAUUUCUUAGCUCGCAAAGAGCAAUUCAUCAACCUAAAUUACGACCCCCUUGUUGACGAUAAGCAACGUGGCCACGAACGCCUCAUCUUCCCUCGCAUUGAUGAAGUUCGUUGGUGGAGUGAAGUUUUUGGACGGACAGACGCUGAGAUGAAUGGCGCACGAACGUCAUGGGUGUCGAGCUCUCCUCUCCCUACUCGUUCCGGCUCAAAUACUGGACGAACAACUCCAGUUCUUACCGGGGUUGAAACAGCCAACACCGCUAUAGGUGAAACGACCCCAAGCAAACCCCCAUCGUCUGGUCUUGCUAGCCUUGCAGCAGAUCUGUCUAACCUGGCAUUACCAAAAUUCAAAGACACUGCAGCAGAAUCCAGUCAAAAGAAGAUGGAGAUGGAGCUGGAGAUGAAGUGA